GUGAAGUUGUGUUGACGUCGUCGUCGUUGUAGUAGCCGUCGCGCGGUCCAUUGUCAGUUAUUUAGUUGGUUGUUGCCUUAGCCCAUGCGUUUGGGUUUGGUUUGUCGUUUUUCGGCAGUGUGUUUUUCCAUGAUACUUUUAUCGGUGCGGUAUUCUGUGUAAAGGAAAUUUAGAAGAAAAAAUAAAUUUUAUAAAAAAUUCGCACUCGAAUUGCUUGAUGCGUGUUAUUGUUAAUUUUUAGUGUGAAAUAAGCGUAAGCGUAUAUAAAAUAAAUAAAAACGGCGUGUGUGUGUAACGGUAUUCGCGAAGGAAAACCAACAAAAAAUUUCAGUGCUCGCGCAACAACAGCAAAAAAGCAAUGUAAGUGCAUGUGAGGGUGUUGCAAGUGUUGAAUUUUAUAAAGUGCAUUGACGUAUAGUGUGGCUCACCUACAUACAUGCAAAAUUACAUACUUGCAUGUAGCAUAUACACAUACAUGCAUAUAUUUAUGUAUACAUAAGCGUGCAAAUGUGGGGCUGUGACAACUGAAGGCCUAUGACAACUGCCAAUACGCCAAGCUGCAUAUCGACAUUUGAGAAUUGGCGUGCGAAAACAACUGCAAGCAGCGGCGUGUAAUUGCAUAUGCUUGCACACAUGUAAUAUAUACAUAUACAUAUGUAUGUACAGGGGCAUGCGUGCAUAAAAAAGGCAAAACGCUCGUUUAACGGCGGUAAGCGUGCUCUUUUGACAGCUGUUGGCUUGCGAUUAAGCGAAAAUCUGCGCUGCGCUGCUCUAUAAAAUUCACUAAACUCCAUAAAUUAUUAAAUAAAUAUAAAAAUAAGUAUUCAAAUCCCGAAAAUAUAAAUUCUAAUAAAUAUUACCUUUCAAUUUUUGUGCGAAAAAUCGAAUUGUGGUUUUGCGUUUUCUUUGCGAAACAAAACAAAAAACGAAUGUCAACGAAAAACCAACUCCCAAACUUCCUUUGACGUUUACGCCAACAAACAGCAUAAAAAAGAAAAAAAUCACAAACAAUAGCAACAGCAAAAACAACAACAAUAGACAAGUAAUAGCAACUACUUACAUAUGGCCACCUGCUGGCACAGCCCAAAACAUUGGCACAGCCAGCCACCCACAAAAGAGCAGAGCAAAUGUAGAGAGCGAGAGAGAGAGCGUGUUGUUGGAGGCACCAGAGAGCGUGUGCAUAUACAGAGUGCGUAUAUUUAUGCAAAUAAUAACAAAAACAAGUCCCAAGUGACUGCGGGAAAGAUGGCAAUUGAUGCAGUUGUGUGUUAGGGUAGGCUAGUUGGAAAGAAGUGCAAUUAGAAGUACAUAGUUAAGCUAUGCUUUCCUUGCGCGCGCAAAACAUUUAACCAAGCGCUUACCCCUCAAAUACUCUAAAGAAGCACUCUGUUUUGAUUAACAGCGACGCGUCCACAAAUGUCUGACGAAGUGCCUUCGGGGCGCUUAUCGCAAAUCUUCGAUUCGCUCACCAAUCUACAACAGCAACAAGUGCUACAAGCGCGUCGCCGCUCUGCCUCGUCAUCGUCGCCUUCGCCAGCGAAUUCUGGCCGCGCCACACCAUCCACUGCCAGCGCUGGUCAACAACCGUUUGCCUUUCACCAUCAGCAUUUUAGCAACCAUGCGCAUGCAUAUUAUAUGCGCGCGCAAGAUGAAAACGCAUAUAUGCAUACGUUUCCGGCGGCGGCGGCGACGCAAGCGCACCAUCACCAUCACUUACAUCACAUGCAAACGGCGCACUACUAUGCGCAGCAACAAAACGCACAACAGCAGCAGCUGUACUGCGGUGCGCAGCAACAGCAAAUGUCAUUGCCUCCCAUGUAUGCCUCACAGUCGUUGAACUCGUCGCCUUUGCUCACCAAACGCGCCACAUCCUUUAGCGGUAAUAUGCCCUUAACGCGUCCGCACUGUGAAAAUAUUGCCGCGAUUCGGAUUUCGGCAGCCACAGCAGGCGCGAGUGGCAAUGCCGUCUCGCAAUCGACUCCAAAUAGUCCGCGUUUGAUGCCGCGGCGUGUGCAGCGCCCACCACCUAUACCGGCAAAGCCAAGCGCGGCGUCGCUGCAAAGUGCUGGUGGUGGCGGCGGUGGUGCUAUGGCUAAGAAGCCCGUGUCGGCCACCGGCAGCGAUGCAUCUGAAAAGUCAGAUACGGGCACGGCGCAGUCGACUGCCGGUGCGGCGAUUAAUCCGGGUUUAGCCGCAUUAGAUACCGAUGCGCCUUGGCCGCAUUUCUCUACGAUCACCGAACAUUUGGACGUGCAUCAGGUGAACAACUACGCGCAACCAGUUCCGGAGAUUAACUGGCAAGAACGCUGUCUGGAACUUCAACUCGAGCUGCAUCGCUCCAAAAAUCAAGCUGGCCGCAUACGUGAUAUGCUACGUGAAAAGUUAUCCGAGUUGGAGCAGCGCGUCGUUGAGGCGGAAGAACGUGCUGAAGAAGCGGAAGAUAAGGUGCGGGCUAUGGAACAGCGGCUGAGUGAAUGGCCCAAACCACCACAGUCAGCCACCAACUCGCCGAUCCAUCAAAGCCAACAACAGCAACAGCAGCAAUCAACAUUAACCGCACAGCAAUCAGCUAGUCUUCCCACCCAAGAGGCUGAGAAAACCAUCACCUCAUUGGAGAUACAAGUUGAGGAGCAACGUCAAUUGCGCCUACACGACGCUCGACAAGUCGAAGCAAAAGCGGCCAAAAUCAAAGAAUGGGUCACCAACAAACUACGUGAACUCGAGGAGCAAAAUCAAUUGUUACGCGAACAGAAUGUUAAAUGUAAUCAACAAUUGGAGCUAUUAAAAAAUCAUAUCGCCAAUCAAUCGAACCGACACAGCAUUGUCGGACCACAUCCAGUGCGCAAUAGUCUGAGUUUGGAUGUACAAGAAUUCGCCGAUUCGGCAGAGGGACGAAGACGCAGCGAAAGUUUAGAUCCGCAAGAGAUCAUUAAUCGCCCAUUAACCGCUUCAUAUCCGCAUCAUCAGCAUCGACGCAAUCUCAGUAUGGAACCGCAAGAGCUCGAACGUAAUUUAGUUGCGGCUGUAGAUGGUUUAACGCUCACACCACUAGCCAGCAUAUCGAAAGCGUCCACAACGCGGCCGGAUAGCUCGGAUACCGAUACAGCGCACGAUUAUGCUGAGAUCUAUACACCGUCGUGUGAGAAGCUGCCCGCCUGGAUGAAAAACAAUCCAGCGUUGAUGGCGAGCGGUGGCAAUUCAAGCACCACAACCACUACCAGUGAUCUGGGCGUACCACGUCCUCCCACGCCACCAUUACAUCGUUUUCCCAGCUGGGAGGCGAAGAUUUAUCAAGUAGCCAACGAUGGGCUGAUUGGCGUGAGUGAGGAGAACCUAGUGCAACAUCAGCAGGAUGUGCACCCAACGCAGACGCAGUCACAACCGCCACCCGACAUACAGGAGUCCACAAGUGGCGCGGCAUCGGCAGGCAGCAAUAGCGCCUGCAAUACGCUAGCGAACGGCGGCGUUCAUGGACGUGCGACACCUUCAAACAACGGCACAUUGGGCAGCACGCGCGGUGAGAGUGGCGCUGGCGGUAAUGGCGUACCGGGCACACCACAGUUGCCCACACGUCAGCAGCAGACUGCAAGCGGAGGUUUCUGUGAUAUAUCGGUGCCCGUUUAUGCCACCGUCAAAGGGCGCGCUUCCCAAAUACGUUCCAUGCCCUUCACGGGCGACUCCAGUGAUGACUCGAGCGAUGGCGAAGAUCACGCCGUUAUGCUUACGCACAAUUCACACAACUCAUCGAGCACCGACAACACUGAAACAUCCACGUCGGGUAGCGCAUCGAGUCCUUCGAAGAGUCUAAAGACAUCGUCGAGUUUGAGUCCGGCUAAGCGCAGCGGUUCAGAGAGCCCAAAGAAUACGAAAGCUCGUGCUCACCAAAUGCACAUAUCCAGCACACAUUACAACAACACAAAUAUCAAACACAAUAAUCAUUACAACACAAUGCACACAUACAACAAUACACAACAUUUGGGUCCUUACACCAAUACAAAUACAUUACCAUUACCAUUACAAAAUCACAACAACAAUGCCAACAAUCACGCGACUACCAACAAUCAUCUACGUCUCCCCCACAUGCGUGGAACAGUAAUUUCAGAUAUUUCCUUUGAAUCAGGCCUGUCGGAUGAUUACGCUUUGCCGCCGGAUGCGGUAUCAGAGUCCACAUGCAUGGACGCCUCCAUGCCGUCGCUGCUAAUGCGACAAUCGUAUGUGGAUUCGCCAAGCAAGAAGCUCGAAUCGCUCGAAAAGAUGGGUCAUCUCGCCAAACUCGGUGGCAAACUAAAGACAUGGCGUAAACGUUGGUUUGUGCUUAAGAAUGGCACACUCACCUAUUGGAAGAGCCAACACGAUGUGAACCGUAAGCCGCAAGGUCAAAUCAUGUUGGAUGAGGCGUGUCGCAUUAAUCGCGCCGAAGGUGCUUCCACUUUUGAGAUCGAUACUGGCAAGAAGGUCUACUAUCUCACCGCCGAUUCGAAUGCAACUAUGGAUGAUUGGAUACGGGUGCUGCAGAAUGUGCAGCGUCGCAAUGCGACCAAGCUGCUGUUGAGUCGUGACGAUCAGAAGCCCACCAUACAGGGUUGGGUCACAAAAGUGAAGAAUGGGCAUGCGAAGAAAUGUUGGUGUGUGCUUUUGGGUAAAAUGUUCCUCUACUUUAAGGCGCCCGGCGAGACGAAUCCGCUUGGUCAGAUAAAUAUGCGCGAUGCACGCGUCGAGGAAGUCGAACAUGUGUCAGACUCUGAUUCGGAAGAGCGUGAAGAGCCGACACAGAGUCAGGCACGUCUUACCGUCGCCAUUUAUCCAGCACAUCAAGGUCCUACAUACCUUAUACUACCCGGCAAGCAGGAACGUGAUAAUUGGCUAUACCAUUUAACUGUGGUGUCGGGUGGUGGUCCAAAUGCUGGCACACAAUACGAGCAACUCGUACAAAAACUUAUGGAGACUGAUGGAGAUCCCAAUUGUGUUCUAUGGCGCCAUCCAAUUUUAUUGCAUACCAAAGACGCCAUCACAUCACCGCUUACCUCACUACACUCGGAAGCCAUGCAGCCCGAAGCUAUUAAAUUGUUCAAGAGCAUUCAACUCUUCAUGUCAGUGGCUGUUAAUCAACCCGGCAUCGAUUAUCACGUCGUCUUGGCACAAAAUGCCCUACAACACUGCCUGGAUAUGCCGGAACUGCAAACGGAAAUGAUCGGCAUAUUGGUGAAGCAGACAUCACGGCACACGGGCCAGAAGCUUAGUGUCGGCGUCCAGCAACUACUACUGUGCGCCACGCAGAGCCUCUUUACUUGUGAUACACAGCAAGGUGGCGCCGCACAGGCCAACGGCAGUUCACCAACAUCCAUACAGGCACCCGCUCCACCACCCAUCAUCGAUUGCAAAUCAAAUCCACCCGCCUACUCGUUUGUCCAAGGCUGGCAGUUGCUCUCACUCGCCGUCUCGCUGUUUGUACCCAAAUCGAGCCGUCUUCUAUGGUAUCUGAAGCUGCAUCUCUCGCGUAAUGCAGACACGAAAACUGAGACGGGUAAAUAUGCCGCGUAUUGUGAGCGCGCAUUGGAGCGUACAUUGAAGAAUGGCGGCCGCGAGACGAAGCCCUCUCGCAUGGAAGUGCUGUCUAUAUUGCUGAAGAAUCCAUAUCAUCACUCACUGCCACACGCCAUACCGGUGCACAUGAUGAACUCCACUUAUCAGGUCGUCUCUUUCGACGGCUCGACUACAAUUGAAGAGUUCCAAACUACACUCGCACAGGAGAUUGGCACACGCGACGCCACCAAUGGUUUCUGUCUCUUCAGCGACGAUCCGAUCGAAAAGGAUCUCGAACACUAUCUCGACCCGCUCGCUAAACUCUGCGACGUUAUCUCAAAGUGGGAGACUGCUUUGCGCGAAAAAGGUUCUGGUAAAUUCGAAAAUACACGCGUCAUACAAUUGACCUACAAGAAUCGUCUGUAUUGGCGGCACACAGUCAAAUUUGAAACGGACAAGGAACGUCUGCUAUUUUGCUACCAAACAAAUGCACAGAUAGUGCAGGGGCGCUUUCCGUUGUCGCGCGAUCUAGCGCUCGAGCUGGCUUCGCUGAUGUCACAAAUCGACAUGGGCGACUACUCGCACGAGAAAUCACGUGGCACGGGUAGUAAUGUUGGCAUCAAAGCGCUCGAUAAAUUCUAUCCCUACCGCUAUCGCGAUGCGCUCAGUGCCGAGCAGCUGAAGGAGGUGCAAGAGCUGCUCAUCUCGAAGUGGAUGCUGCUCAAGGGACGCUCAACGCUCGACUGUGUGCGCAUCUACUUGACAUGCUGCCGCAAGUGGCCCUACUUUGGCGCCAGUCUUUUCCAAGCCAAACCGCGGCAUUCCGAUCAAGCCAUGGCCUGGUUGGCCGUUUCCGAGGAUGCGCUCAAUGUCCUCGAGCUUAGCUCGAUGACGCCAAUGGCACGUUAUCCCUACACCUCGGUGAUGACUUUUGGCGGCUGUCAGGAUGACUUCAUGCUGGUCGUCUCCAACGAGGAUACGCUGGCCACGUGCGGUACACAAGAGCAAAAGCUGCUCUUCGCUAUGAGCAAACCAAAGAUACUCGAAAUAACGCUUCUAAUCGCCGACUAUAUGAAUGCUCUUGGCCACACCGUGCCCGGUACGCCACAAAUGAAUACGCUCACCCGCAAUGGCUCACAUCGUUCGCUACGUUCACGUCCCGCUGGCGGUGGCACUGGUACCGGCACCGGCACGGGCACAGGGCUCGCUGGUUGCGGCACCACCACAGCCGGCAUGUCCACCAAUGCGACCACAACGGCGCAUAACACGCUCAACUCGCAUGCCACGCACACGCUCAACUCAACACAUUCACAUACGCUGAGCUCGUCACACUACAGUGGCGGCGGUGGUGGCAUCGGUGGUACACAUGUCGGUAGUCAUCAGGGUACCAUGAGCUCAUCACACGGACACACGCAUCACCAUCAGCCGGAUAUAUUAAAGAGUACGCCCGAUCAUCAGCGCAUCAAGUAGAGCAAACGUAAGUGUAAAUAGACUAGUGUAGACAUUAGGUGGUUAUUUAUUAUUAUUGCGCGCCAAAAAGUAUGUUAAGUUUACGAUUUAGGGAUCAGUGAGCCAAGAGCGCUAUUUUAUAAUCAGUUAAACUAUUUCUAUCAAGCCGAAGUAACUAGCCUACAUCCCCCAUUCGAGCUAUCAAACUUUGCACGCCCAGGUUUCGAUGGUAAAUCAAAAAAACCGUAUUUCGACUAAACGAAGCACAUAAUUGCCGCGAGGUAAAAAAAAAAACAAAAUUUCUUCUCCGAAGUAAAAAUUUAUUUUCAUAUAGAAAGCACCAAAACUCUGCGAAGUUUUUGUGAAAAGAGGGCGAUAGGUAACGCUUACAAAAAAAAAACAGCUUUUACUGACUUUAAAUAUUUAUCUACAUCCAAAGUGCUCCAAAAGCUUUGUGGAGCUUUUAUAAAGCUUUUGAAGAAAUAACGACAUUUUCAUUACUGGGCUCGGAAGUCUUCCAGUGCCAAUGAAGUAUUCCAUUUAACCCUAAACGCUAUAACGAAAAGUCCCAAAAGUUUUCAAUCGUAUCUAAUUGUACAUUAUACUCGUAACUUUCUUCUUUUAAUUUAUGACGAAGCUAUUAAAAAUUAUCAUAGGUUAUUUACGAAAGUAAUGUCAAGAAUCGAAAGUUGAACUGCUAUGUUUCCUAUUUAUAAAACAAUAACAAAAAAAGUUGAAGAAAAAUGAAAAACACAAAUUUUAAAAGGCUUUAUAACGGUAGUUUGAUGCUGCUAAAGCACUAGCAAUUAAGAUGGAAGCUUUUAUGUAUUAUUUUUAUGCAUAUGUAUCCCUUCAUAUAUUAGAAAAAAACGGCAACUUUAAUAAUUUAUGAAAGCUCAGUAAAGCCCAGUACCCUUUCACUGGCUUUUACAUUUCUUUAAAGCUUACAAAAUAGUUGCGAACU